GGGUAAAUGGAAUUGAGGAUGGAGCGAGCGACGACGAGGAAUCACAAGGGGGCAUGCAUGUGUAGUAAGGUCUGAGUGGUUGACAGAUGACGACACACUUGGAGUAGCGUUUGAGCUGUGAUGGCGACAAGAGCGAGGAGAUGGACAUGGAGAAGUGGCGGGGUCAAGUUGAUUACUUUUUGAUCCACGAGUCGUCCUGCGCCAGCUUUUUGUACGUUUGCGCGAUUCGGUCGAACAUGUCGCUCUGGUCCUUGAGCAGGGUCUCGUUGCCCUUGAGCCGUUGCUGCGACUUCUCCCGCCGCGCGUCCGAGAUGUUGGAUGCGAUCUGCAUCGCGUUCUUCUCACAUACUUCAAGCCAUUCCUGGACCUUUAGAAGCUCAUCGGGGACUUGCGCGCCCAUCUGCUGCAGUUCGUCGAUCAACUUGCGUCCAAGCGCCACAUUCGUGUUGGCGCCGCCGGUGCUUGAGCUCAUGGUCGGUCGGGCUUCUUGAUUGUGGCAGGGUAGUAG